AGAAUAUAGCUAAAAUCGAUCUAAAUUGAGUGAAGUAUGACUCGUACUAUGAGGCCUUUCAUCUCCUUUCGGAGAGUCCAAUAUUUUGAGUGGAAACUAGGGAUCAAGGUUCAAAGUUCAUCCAGUGAAAUCAGCAAUAGAGAAAUGGCCUCAAAGUUUGAUUCCGACCAGGAUUCUGGACUACAUGAAGCAUGUGGAGUGUUUGGUUGUGUGGCUACCGGGGAAUGGCCCACACAGUUAGAUGUGGCAAAUAUCAUCCAACUGGGACUUGUUGGUCUUCAACAUAGGGGUCAGGAGAGUGCAGGUAUUGUGACCAGUCAGGGUGAUAGCAAGUACCAGUUUCGUACCCACAAAGGAAUGGGAUAUGUCGGCCAAAUAUUUCAAGAUGAACACAUUAUAAGAAAGUUGAAAGGCAACCUUGGGAUAGGUCAUAAUAGAUACUCCACAGCAGGUAACUCAGAACUUACAAACUGUCAGCCGUUUGUGGUAGAAACACUCCAUGGUCUAAUUGCUGUGGCACACAAUGGGGAACUGGUCAACGCAAAUUCAUUAAAACAAAAGGUGCUAAAACAUGGUGUUGGAUUAUCCACAGGAUCUGAUAGUGAACUUAUAACACAGCUUCUGGCCCUCACCCCUCCAGAUGGUGAACCCAAUGGUCCGGACUGGCCAGCCAGAAUCCAACAGUUAAUGAAAGAGACUUAUACAGCAUAUUCCCUCCUAGUCAUGUAUAAAGACACCAUAUAUGCCUUACGGGAUCCCUAUGGUAACAGACCCAUGUGCCUUGGAAAGGUUAUGUCAGCGGGACCAAUUAGUUCAGAAAACAAGCAUAAUAGUGAAGAUGUGGAUAUAGAAGGUUGGGCUGUUUCUUCAGAGUCAUGUUCCUUUCAAGCAAUAGGAGCUGAAUAUUAUAGAGAAGUCUUACCAGGAGAAAUAGUACAGUUAACGAGGCAUGGUGUCAAGUCCAUAUGUAUUGUCCCUAGGCCUACAGAAAGCCCAUCAGCAUUUUGUAUAUUCGAAUAUGUCUAUUUUGCCAGACCUGAUAGUAUCCUUGAAGGACAGAUGGUGUAUACUGUGAGACAGAGAUGUGGUAAACAACUAGCUUUAGAGGCCCCAGUUGAGGCUGAUAUUGUCAGUACAGUGCCCGAGUCAGCCACUCCUGCAGCUCUAGGGUUUGCCCAGCAGGCUGGGAUUCCCUAUGUCGAGGUGCUUUGUAAGAACAGGUACAUCGGAAGGACAUUCAUUCAACCAACCAAGAGACUUCGGCAACUAGGGGUGGCUAAGAAGUUUGGGGCAUUGACAGAGAACUUUAAAGGCAAGCGUAUUGUAAUAGUGGAUGACUCUAUAGUACGUGGUAACACAAUGGGACCUAUUGUAAGGCUAUUGAAAAGCGCAGGCGCUAAAGAGGUUCAUAUUAGAAUAGCCUCACCUCCGAUUAAACACCCCUGCUAUAUGGGAAUCAACAUUCCAACCAAAGAUGAACUCAUAGCAAACAAGCUAUCAGCUGACAAACUUGCUCAUUACUUAGGGGCCAACAGUGUUGUAUAUCUGACAGUGGAUGGCUUAGAGAAGGCCACUAAACAAGGUAUCGAGAAGAAAUCAGAGAAGAAAGUUGGACAUUGUGUGGCCUGUUUGACAGGAGAAUAUCCAGUUAAAUUAGAUUGAUUUAUAACAAUUAAGAGUCAUGAGGAUAUGAAAGUGCUACGGAAAAAUGCCUUUUUACAGAGAAUCUCAAAUUCCAGAAGGAAGGGUUUUGUGUUCCAUUUUACAUUUUAUUAAUGCACAUAUGUGGCCAUAUUAGAAUUUGUGCAGCCACUGCAAAGUUUUCAUACCAUUCUACUCAACUAUAUGGUACAUUUUUUUUCAUUUUUUUUUUUUGUAUUUUAUACCACUACCUGGUAUGUGUUUUUGUCUCAUCUUUUUGUGAUGAAAGUGAUCACAUUCUACUGUAGAUUCAAAUCACAUCAAACAUUGUGACAUUUUGACAACUAUCUCUUCAUGUGACUUUUUGUAUACAUUGAGAUCAUUAUGUCUAUUCAGCUUUUAUAAACACUAUUUUUCAAAUGUAUUGUGUUCAGGUCUGUUUGUGAGUAUGUUUUGCCAAUGUUAUUCUGAUUUAGGCUUUAGGCUAGUAUACACCACUUUAAUACAGACUAUAUGCUUCAUAUUCAUUUUGAUCUCGCUUAUAUAUAAUAUUAACAUAUUACAUAUGUCAAUGGCUUACAUAAUAAUUUCCAGAUUUGAUGUUCCUCUUACAAACAUAUUUUUGUAUUCAUCUGGUAUGUGCACAGUUUUUUUAAAUGUAAUUACCUAUGUGUGUAAAGGGAGAGCAAGCAUACUAUCCCUUUAAAUUGUGUCAACAAUGUUCAUAUCUUAAAGUCACUUAUGCUACAAAUGAAAACAUAUAUAUAUAUAAAAGACAAUGUAAUUGUUGCAUGCUCUUUGAUACAGCUGAGAUUCACGUAAAAUGCUUAUUAUUGCUAUUUGUUCAUAUAAUGAGCCAUUUUUCAUUGAACACUUUAGUAGUAUUGAAGUCCAAGAAUGUCUGAAACAAGUGAAGAACUUGAACUGUAGUAGUAUUGAAUGCUUUAAGCUUGUAAAACAAGUCUUGAUUUAUUAGAUAUCCAUUUAUAUAAAACUUACUUUUUUGUAAAAAUAGUGGCGUUUAAAUAAUCACAUAUAACACUUCCAUAUCAAAACAGAUCUCAAGUUUAGAAGUCAGUGUUCAGUUCAAUUUGAAGAACAAAUAAUGGGCAGCCGCAUUUGUAGAUUCAAACUUAAAUGUAACACUUGAAAA